GUGAUUGGAUUGUAUAUAUCAUGUCAAGUAGAUCGUGUGCUGUGCUGGCACGCCGGGCGUUGACCUCGUCGGCCAAACGUUUGAACGACGUCAAGAAGCCCGUGGUGCCUCCACCCAGACCAGCGGUCACCACCCCCAAACCUGUCAUCACCAAACCCGUCACCACCCCGGUCCCCAAACCCGUCAUUAUCACCAAACCUUCAAUUCCACCUCCAAAGUUCUCCAUUCCCCUGUUCUUGUUCAAGAUUGUACUUGCCGGCGGUGUUGUAUACGGAGGUACCAUGUAUGCUGCCACCAAAAGUGAUACGGUGAUGGACUUUGUUAUCGACCAGCAAUUACCAUACUACGAAGAGAUCAUCGACAUCUACGAAAAAGGGUCAAUUGAUGACGUCAAGGACUACUUCGCCGGCUUGGGCAAGAAGGUGUCGAGUUGGGAGGCUAAAUUGCCCUCCAAGGACGAAAUAACUUCCAAGGGUGAAAAGAUAUUCGAAGAAACAAAGAACAAGUUGAGUCCGCCAAAGCCGGCUGCUCCCGUCGACGUGUCCAGCUUGGGCCAGGACGCUACGCCCGCCCAGCAGUUGCAGAAACCAGUCGAAGCCGUCAAAAAGACUGUGGAGCAUUUCCCUUUGAUCCAGUUGAACAAGUCUGUCAGCUCUGCUGUAGAUGCUUCUGUGAAACAGACGGUCGAAUCGUUCAACGAUUUGAUAAGAUCCAUAGACGUGGAUGCUCUGAACACCCCCGGCAAGGAUACAUUGAUCAAAGCCAUCAACGAAAACGUCUCCAAGUUAGCUACCAAAUUGAGCUCGUUGACAGUCAGCUUCGAAGAAGAGGUGCAGAGUAAGUUGAGAGAUUCACAGACCGACUUGUUAUCAUCAUACACCAAGAAAGAGUUGGAGUUGACCGAAACUUUGUUGGACCAGUUCAACCUGGAAAAAGCUCAGUUGGAAGUUAAGUUGAACAAUCGCUUGAAACACGAGAUCGAAGCAACCAAACAGACGAUUUCCCAGGCCGCCGUCAACGCUGUAUCGAUGGUAAGAGUCGAGCAGACCAAACAGUUUGAGAAGUUGAUCAAGGACAGCAUUGACUCUGAGAGAAACGGUAGGUUGGCUGGGUUAGAACAAUUGAAUGCCCGUGUCAAGGACUUGGAAGAGUUCUCCGAGACCUUAGAAACCCAGUUGGUUGCCAACCACACCCGUUCCGUGCUCCUGAAAGCCGUUGGAAACUUGAAGCAUGUGUUGGCAUCGUCCAAAGAAACAGACAGUCCCAAGUUAUUAAUCCAAUACUUUGAUGAAAUCAACAAGGUGGCCGGUAGCCUCAACAGUGAAUUACUCAACGUCGUCUUAAAUGACUUGAAACCUUUGAUUGUCAACGAGUCAAACCAUUCUCUCUUGACCAACGCCCAAUUGUUGAAUAAAUGGGAACAGUUGACUCCCGAGUUGAGAUCAGCUUCAUUGUUACCUCCAAACGCCGGAUUAUUGGGGCAUUUGGCGUCGAUGGUGUUCUCCAAGUUGUUGUUGCCUGUGAAGGGAAACAAGCCUGAUGGUAAGGAUAUCGAGUCUGUUAUUGGCAGAAUCGAGUCUGCUUUGACCAGAGGUGACUUGGACGUGGCGGUGGAGGAGGCUGCCAACUUGAAGGGAUGGCCCAGAAAGUUAGCUGAUGACUGGGUCAAAGAUGGAAGAAAGAGAUUAGAAGUGCAGUUCUUGGUGGGUGUUGUCGACUCUGAAACCAGAAUUGUAUAGCCAUAUUCAAUAUAUUUAACUCGUUGUAA